AUGUCCACUCUGACGUAUAAGAAGCAGGAUGCUUAUGCCAGUUCUGGGAAUCUUCCAGAUAAAAUGGCCAUCUUUCAAGAGUGUUUACAACAAUUCAAUGCUUCACCUGUCAAUGCUAAGAAGUGUCGUCAAUUGUUAGCUAAGUUAUUAAGAUUGAUCUAUCAUGGUGAACAAUUCCCAUCUCAAGAAUCAACUACGUUGUUUUUCUCUAUUUCAAAGUUGUUCCAACAUAAGGAUCUGUCAUUAAGGCAAUUGGUUUAUUUAACCAUUAAGGAAUUAUCAUCUACUUCAGAUGAUAUUUUAAUGGUUACUUCAUCAAUCAUGAGAGAUAUUCAAGGAGGUGAUAUAAUCUAUAAACCAAAUGCCAUUAGAACUUUAUCUAAAGUUUUAGAUUCUACUACUGUCAAUGCAGCCGAAAGAUUAUUCAAAAAUGCCAUUGUUGAUAAGAAUCCUGUUAUUUCAUCAGCUGCUUUAAUUUCUUCUUAUAAUUUACUUCCAAAUUCAAAAGAAGUAGUUAAAAGAUUUACCAAUGAAACUUUGGAAAGUAUUCAAUCUCAUAAAGUUUUCCCAAGUAAUCAAUUUCAAUUACAUGAAUUCUAUGGUAAUUCAACUUCAAAAUUACCAACCACUUCAUAUAUGUAUCAAUAUCAUGCAUUAGGUUUAUUAUAUCAUUUAAGAAACCAUGAUAAAAUGGCCCUUAUGAAAUUAAUCACCAGUUUAUCUGAAGGUUCUGCUUUAAAGAACUCAUUAUCCAUCAUUCAAUUAAUCAAAUAUAUCCAUAAAAUCUUAAUAGAAGAUGAAGCAUUAAUUGGUCAUUUAUACCCAAUAUUAGCGGCAUUUUUAAAACAUAAGUCUGAUAUGGUUGAAUUGGAAGCUUGUAAAACUUUAGUUAGUUUACAACAUUUAAUUAAAGAUGAUCAAUUUAUGGCUAUUAUUAAUACAUUACAAAAAUUAUUAGGAGUUCCAAGAACUGCUACAAGAUUUGCUGCUAUUAGAUUAAUUAAUAAGAUUUCUGUUAAACAUCCAGAAAAGAUUUUAGUUGUCAAUUCUGAAUUAGAAGGAUUAAUAAAUGAUGAAAAUAGAUCAAUUUCAACUUUAGCCAUUACUACCUUAUUAAAAACCAUGGGUGCUGGUACUAUCGAUACCGGUUCAGUUGGUGGUGAAAGUGUUGAUAGAUUAAUUUCUAAGAUGACUUCAUUAAUGGGUGAAAUCACUGAAGAUUUCAAGAUUGUUAUAAUAGAAGCUAUUGAAAACUUGGCCCUUAAAUUCCCUGCUAAACAUAAGAAAUUAGUAUCAUUUUUAACUGAUCUUCUUAGAGAUGAUGGUACUUUACCAUUAAAGACAAGUAUCGUCAAUGCCUUAUUUGAUUUGAUUAAAUUUUUACCUGAUGCUGGUGCCAAACAAUUAAUUUUAAUGAACUUAUGUGAGUUCAUUGAAGAUUGUGAAUUUGCUGAAUUAUCAGUUCGUAUUUUGCAUUUAUUAGGUGAUGAAGGUCCUCAUACUACUAAUCCAUCCUAUUAUAUUAGACAUAUUUAUAACAGAUUGGUUUUAGAAAAUUCCAUUGUUAGAUCUUCAGCUAUUAUUGCUUUAGCUAAAUUUGCUGCUGUUUGUGGUGGUCAUGUUUCCAAAAAUAUCCAAAUUUUAUUAAGUAGAUGUUUAAAUGAUGCCGACGAUGAAGUAAGAGAUAGAGCUGCAUUAUCAUUAAAAUUCAUAAAAGCUAAUCAUAAGAAUUUUGUUGUUUCUGAUUCCAAAUAUGAUUUAGCAAGUUUAGAAAGUAAAUUAACUCAUUAUUUAAAUGAUGAAUCUAAUUUUGAUACUAAAUUUGAUAUAAGUGAAGUUCCACUCUUAACUAGUGAAGAAUUGAAAUCGAUAGAAUACAAUAGAAAGAUUAAUAAAUUAGAUUCAGGUGUUACUGAAUCUAGUGAUGCAGUUGGUAAUGAAGAUCGUGGUAAAGAAAGUGGUGAUAAAUUAAGUGCAGGUGAUAGUUUAUCUAAUGAUUUAUUAAAACAACAAGAAUAUUCUCAAGAAUUAUCUGCCAUUCCAGAAUUUGCUGAUUAUGGUACUUUAUCUAAAUCAACUAUAACUCCAGUUUACUUGACUGAAAGAGAAAAUGAAUUUGUGGUUACUGUUAUUAAACAUUUCUUUAUUGAUUCUCAAAAAUUAGUGUUACAAUAUAAUAUUACUAAUACUUUACCUCGUUCAGUAUUACAAGAUAUUUCAGUUAUUGCUCAACCUGAUAAUGAAUUAUAUGAAGAAGAUUUCAUCAUACCUAUUUCUGAAUUAAAACCAGAUCAAAGUGGAGAUGUUUAUGUAUCAUUCAGUACUCCAAGUAUAACUGAUGGUGAUAUUCUUGUUGCUUUUGGUAAUACAGUAGCUUAUACUAAUAAAGAUGUUAUUGAUGAAGAAGGUAAUGUUGAUCAACGUGAUGAUGGAUGGUCUGAUGAAUAUCAAAUUGAUGAUUUAGAAGUUUCAGCAGGAGAUUUCGAAACUCCAUUAUAUAAUUCUAAUUUCACUGCUGUUUAUGAUCAAUUAGAUAAUACUGAUUCGUCAGUGGUUACUAUUUCUGGAGUUGAUACCUUAGAUAAUGCUAUUACUAGAUUAAAGACUAGUUUGAAUUUGAUGCCAUUAGAUGGAUCAGAUUUUGUUCCAAGUGAUGCCACCUCUCAUGUAUUAAAAUUACUUGGUAAAGACGUUUGGGGUGGUAAAGUUGCUGUUAUGGCUAGAUUAGCAUUAACUGGAGGUAAAGUUGUUGCUAAGAUUGAAGCCAAAUCAGAAACUGAAACUUUUAGUAGUAUCAUAACAAGUGGUGCUUAUUAG